AUGGAUCUGUUUGAACCUUUGGAUCCGGAAGAGCUAAAGCGAUUCAAGAAGAAUGCUCUCAAAGCAAAGAAGUUUCUUAUUGAUUCCGUGAAGGAUCACCUUGUGUCAGUCAUCUCCAAAUUGAAGACAUCACGAGAGAUGUUCAAACAUCUAGAAGAGAUAUAUGAGAUCAACAACAUCAGCCGAACACUCACAUUGAGGAAACAACUUCUUCAAGUCAAAAUGUGCAAAGGAGAUUCGGUCAUGUACUUCUUCAUGAAGAUUUCAGAAUUGAAGGACCAACUCAACACCACUGGAAGUGAGGUUGUGGACAAGGAUAUUGUCAUGGUUGUGUUGAAUGGUCUUCCCGACUCUUGGGAUUCCUUCAUUCAAAGCAUAAGUGGAAGAGUUGAAUUCCCUUCCUUCGAUCACCUCGGGUCAGCUUGUAUUCAAGAGGAGUCUCGCCUAGCUGCCAGAGAAAUGCAUAAAGGCUCUCAUGGAGGAGAUUAA